CAACCUCCGUAUAAAUUGAAUGGUAUUGAGGACUUUAAGGAGACAUUUGAAAAAAAUCUAGUUGGAAAAUGAACAUUCCAGCAUUUGGCUUAAUCUUCCUUUGCUUCGGAGCAAUUUCCGCUGAAAAUGGAGUGGUUCCUGCCGAUAAUAACAAUGAUUGGGACCCCGGCACGUAUCACUUGAUUGAUGGCAAAUAUUACUUCGUUGAUAGAUACACUGAGCCCAUCAGCACUGCACGGUAUUACUGCAGUCGCGCUGGGAUGAUUCCAAUUUCUUUCGAAGACCCAGCGAAACAAGCGAUCAUUAGCGAGUACUUCAUCAAUGCUCCGGGAUUUUAUGCUAAUCGAGUUUUUUGGACAAAUGGUAUCAAGCGAAGAGGUUCAAAUGAAUACAUAUGGGAGCCUAGCGGCAUCCCCUUUGAUGAUUCACUAUGGUCACCGGGAUACCCUUUAUACAUCAAUGAUACCAAAGAAAGCUGCAUUCGGUACAAGCCAAGCAGAGCAAACUUCGUUGACUCAAUUUGCGAUCCAGCUGUCAAUAGGCUUGGAGAGAUGUUGUGCGAAGACCCUUAAUUAGAAUUCAUAAGUACAAUAAUUUUGAAAAAAUAAAUUUUUUCAACCAUUGAUAAGGCC